AUCCUCGACACGGACAAGCUUCCCUUUGGUCCAAUUUGAUACAUUCUUUCUUCUGGCCUUUCUGCUUCUAUCUAUUCACUUUCCAUCAUGACCAUGUCAUCGCCUUCUAUGGCACAAUUGCCUAGUCCUCUUGCAAAGUCCCCUGCGCGCAGCGUGGCUCCUCGCAAGCGGCGACGAAGAGCUCCUCCAAGUGGUGCCGCCGACGAUUGCUUCACCUGCAUCAAGCAGCGACGGCAAUGUGAUCGACGACGACCAUACUGCACUCAAUGCCUGGGUCAUGGCGAUGGCAACUGCAGUGGUUACAAGACUCAAUUGACUUGGGGCGUCGGAGUGGCCAGUCGAGGCAAACUACGAGGCAUGUCUCUCCCAAUUGCAAGAAAAGGCCCGACGUCGACUAGCGCACCCAAAGAGAAAUCAUCUGCUGUUGGGUCCGUAAAUAGCACAUCGAGACCAAAACCCAUUCGACCAACUUCGGCACCUUACGAAGAGCCCUCUCCCAGGGAUCACUCUGCUUCCACGAAUUCGAGAUAUGAAGAAUCAAAUGCUCUACGAGCCUACGAUUUCAUUCCCGUGCACCCUACGUCCUCUCCUACCGCCUCGAUUUCCGCUAUUCCUCAUGGGACCGUUACAUGGCAUGAGACAAUCCCAGAGCAGCAGCAUCAGCAUCAGCCAGCUAGGAGUAUGAUGAGCUCCUAUGGCGAGUCCGCGCACGGCCCAGACUGGGCACCCCAGCAUCCUUAUGCUCAUCCUGCCCAUCCUUUGCACCGGCUGCAAACCUCCUUAGGGGGAUCUUAUGAUGACGUUCAGUCAUGCACUUCUGCCACCUCCUUGAGCGGCUUCAGCGAUAGCGAGUAUCCCUCUCCUGUGGAUUAUCCGGACACGCCAGAGGACAUCUCCUUGAUGAAUGCGCCGCUCCCUCCAUCUUACGCAGAGUUUUACGCACCACAGGCUCUUGGAAUGAGCGCGAGCGAGCGGUCCUUUUAUCCUGGUCGAGCGCCAACAUCUUCAUGUUCAGUGCCUUACGACGGUAUGGCGUCAAGUAUCAGCUCUGAUCGCAGUAUCUACGACUAUACAGAGCCUGGCCGCUUUGCCCCACACCCAAUCGGGUCAUCGUAUAGCACGGACGGCAUUCUCGUUGAAGAAGAAUUAAGAGGCAACCCUCGUGAGGCUCGUGAUUCGAGGAAUAGUACUGGCUAUGGGUGCGGCCCCUCUACCAAUCGUGAUGGCUCAAGUCACGUUUUGACUGACGAUGGCGUUUCUGUCUCGACAGCCUCGGUCUUACCUUCGUCUCCAGCAGGAUCCUCGACGGAAGUCCCAUCGCACCCUUUCCUGGAAGCUUCUAGUGCUGCUCAGCGUAUUCAGUCACUGAUAGGCUUUUACGACCGGGCCAUCUGUCCUCGAUUGGUGGCAUUUGAUGGCCCGGCAAAUCCCUACAGAGUGCACAUCUUGCGGUUGGCGAUGGAAAGCGAGACCUUACGAUAUGCCAUUGCCGCGCUCUCCGCCAACAACCUGCGUAUGAGAAUGAGCAAAGACCGUGCCAAGAUCCGCCAGCAUCAUCUUGCUUCGAGCGGCGGCAGCAAUCGUCGAGGCAGAAGCGUUUCUGUAGAGCCGACUCAAGAGCCUUCCCUUCGGUCUGCCGCAGAUAGCCUACUGCAGGAGGAGUCCCAUUUUAAGGCGACUUCAGUCCAGCUACUCAAUGGGCAGCUCAAAGAUUCGGAACUGGCCAAGAGCGACUCCAUUUUAGCAACCCUUGUCAUCCUCUGCCUCUUCCACACAUGCGAUACUGGCGUUUCCCAAUUGCGAACCCAGUUUGCUGGGGUCAGAAAGCUUCUUGAGCUUUGCGAUAGUAGAUCGCAGUCCGACUUUCGUAGCUGGGUGGAAUUCUUCUUCACGUGGUUCGACGUUAUGACUGCUGCUGUCAAUGACAGAGAACCUCAACUGCGUCAGGGAUAUCUCGACAUGUUGAGUGCUCUUGAUGAACAACCGGGCGGCCUUGCGCAAAUGAUUGGCUGCGACGGCCGGCUGUUUCGAAUAAUCUGCCGGCUGGGUCGCUUGAACCUUUUAAGCCAGAGAAGACCUGUGGCAGGACCCAGUGAGAAUAUGUCGGAUAGCUCGCAAAGCCUCUACCGUGGACACACUCCCCAGUCGCCAGCUGCCAGUCGACAACUACCCGCUGGACGGGAUUACUACAGUUUAAAUUACGACAGCCUAGACGGCAGUGGCUGGACCAUGAUGUCGCGAAGUUUCCACGAAGGUUUCGAUGACAGCAGCUCUGGCACCGAUGACCGUCACGUUUUCUGGCAAGAAUGGCAGGACGUUCGGGAUGGACUCAAAGAAUGGGAAUUGGAUCCGACCAUGCCCGCGCAGAUGUGCUCCGCAACGCCAGACGUUUCUCCCCGGCAACGAGAUCUGUUGAAUAUUUCUGAAUCUUUCCGGUAUGCUGCACUUCUGUACACCGAGCGCCUUGCUCAUCCGGCGUCACCAUCAUCGCACCCCAACUUCCAAAAUCUCGUUGCCCAAGCACUUUACCACAUCACCAGCAUUGCAAGCACUUCAACGGUCCACAAGUUCCUCCUCUGGCCUCUUUUCAUCACUGGAGGGGAAUGUAUCGAUGAGGUUCAUCGCUCCAUUGUGCGCCAGCGAUGUCUUGAUAUUCAGAGCGAAUCGGGCUUCUCGAAUAACAUAUCCGGUUUGGAAGUCCUCGAGAAGGUAUGGCGCGAUGAUGUGGGCGAUGAUGCGCUGCUUGGCACCCGUGGCCGAAAUGAUGCUACUGCUGGGGUUUCGUCAUAUCCUGCAGCUGCACCGACGUCGCAUGUUCGGCAUGCAGCGGUUGGAGGGCAGGCAUUCAAGUGGCGACGAGCAAUGGAUCGGUUGGAUGGGGAAUAUAUCGUGAUAUAAAGCGAAUUCUCUCUUAUAUGCUCAUAUAUUCGGCGAGCCUUGUCCGAACAUCGAAAUAUAGCAAACGUUCCCCUUCUCCUCUCUUCUUCAACAUACAGUUGGUGAAGAGCUCUUGCAUUGAUUAUGAGAUUUUGGGCCUUCGCGUAUUUGUCGCGCUUCAGACAUCUCACAAAACGGAUCUGGAUUUUCUCAUUGGUCGAUAUUUUUGGGUAACGGGAUAUACCCUAUUCAGCCCUUCUU